GGCGACGGCGGCGGCAGCGCGACAGGGACUAGCGGCUUCGGGCGGCUGCGGCGCAGGCCGGGCGCACCGAGUGACGGGCCGAGGGAAGGACCGAGGCGCUGGCGGACGCGGCGGAGCGCUUCAUUCCAGAGCCCGACAUGAAUGGAUAUGUGAACUUUCCCCCUAGUCCCACCAGCCCCACCGAGGAGCCAGGGGAACCUCAGACCAGCCAGGCUGCACUCCAGGAAGACGUGGACAUGAGCAGCGGCUCCAGUGGAAAGGAAAACUGCUCCACAGGGCGGGACUCCCAGGGCAGUGACUGUGACGACAAUGGGAAGGAGCUGCGGAUGCUAGUGGAACCUCCCAGCACUCACCCGAGCCCUGAUGCCUUCAGACUGAUGAUGACAGAGCAGGGACACAACCCCUCCACGAGCGGCUGCAGUAGUGAGCAGUCUGCCAAAGCUGACGCACACAAAGAGCUGAUAAGGACACUGAGGGAGCUGAAGGUCCACCUCCCUGCAGACAAGAAAGCCAAGGGGAAGGCCAGCACACUGGCGACCUUGAAGUAUGCCCUUCGGAGCGUGAAGCAGGUGAAGGCUAACGAGGAGUACUACCAGCUGCUGAUGUCCAGUGAGAGCCAGCCCUGCAGUGUGGAUGUGCCCUCUUACACCAUGGAGCAGGUUGAGGGCAUUACCUCGGAGUACAUCAUGAAGAAUGCUGAUAUGUUUGCUGUGGCUGUGUCUCUGGUUUCUGGAAAGAUCCUGUACAUCUCUAACCAAGUUGCCUCCAUUUUUCACUGUAAGAAGGAUGCCUUCAGUGACGCCAAGUUCGUGGAGUUCCUGGCUCCUCACGAUGUCAGUGUAUUUCACAGCUACACCACCCCUUACAAGCUUCCACCCUGGAGCGUGUGCAGUGGAUUAGAUUCUUUCACUCAAGAGUGCAUGGAGGAGAAAUCCUUUUUCUGCCGUGUCAGUGUUGGAAAACACCACGAGAAUGAGAUUCGUUACCAGCCCUUCCGCAUGACACCCUACCUGGUCAAAGUGCAAGAACAGCAGGGCACCGAGAGCCAACUCUGCUGCCUGCUGCUGGCAGAGAGGGUACACUCUGGCUAUGAAGCCCCUAGGAUUCCUCCCGAGAAGAGAAUUUUUACAACAACCCAUACACCAAACUGCUUGUUCCAGGAUGUGGAUGAGAGGGCAGUCCCUCUCCUGGGCUAUCUACCUCAGGACCUGAUCGAGACACCAGUGCUCGUGCAGCUCCACCCCAGUGACCGGCCCUUGAUGCUUGCCAUCCACAAGAAAAUCCUGCAGGCCGGCGGACAGCCUUUCGACUAUUCUCCCAUUCGAUUCCGCACCCGCAACGGGGAGUACAUCACAUUGGACAGCAGCUGGUCUAGCUUCAUCAACCCCUGGAGCAGGAAGAUAUCUUUCAUCAUUGGGAGGCACAAAGUCAGGGUGGGCCCUUUGAAUGAGGAUGUGUUUGCGGCCUCCCCGUGCCCGGAGGAGAAGACUCCACACCCCAGCGUUCAGGAGCUCACAGAGCAAAUCCACCGGCUGCUAAUGCAGCCGGUUCCCCAUAGCGGUUCCAGUGGCUACGGGAGCCUGGGCAGUAACGGGUCCCACGAACACCUCAUGAGCCAGACAUCAUCCAGCGACAGCAACGGCCAUGAGGAGUCUCACCGGAAGAGAUCCGGAAUUUUUAAAAAUGGUGGCAAGAUUCAAACCAAAACUCAUUUUUCUCAUGAGUCUGGAGAACAAAAGGAAACAUUUGUUGCAGAAAUGCAAAGCAGCCCCCCAGCUCAGGUGAAGGCUGUCACUACUAUAGACAGGGACAGCUCAGGGGCCAGCUUACCCAAGGCCGGCUUCCCAGAGGAGCUAGCGUAUAAGAACCAGCCUGCCUGCUCCUACCAGCAGAUCAGCUGCCUGGACAGUGUCAUCAGGUACCUGGAGAGCUGCAGUGAGGCUGCCACCCUGAAAAGAAAGUGUGAGUUCCCAGCCAACAUCCCAUCCCGGAAGGCCACAGUCAGCCCUGGGCUGCACUCUGGAGAGGCAGCUCGGCACUCGAAGGUGACCAGCCACACAGAGGUCCGCGCUCACCUGAGCUCCCUGACGUUGCCAGGCAAGGCGGAGAGUGUAGUGUCCCUCACCAGCCAGUGCAGCUACAGCAGCACUAUCGUCCAUGUGGGCGACAAAAAACCACAGCCAGAGUUAGAGACAGUAGAAGAUGUGGCCAGCGGGCCUGAGUCCCUGGAUGGCACAGCUGGUGGCCUCAGCCAGGAAAAGGGGCCUCUGCAGAAGCUGGGCCUCACCAAAGAAGUUCUGGCUGCACAUACACAGAGAGAGGAGCAGGGCUUCCUGCAGAGGUUCAGGGAGGUGAGCAGGCUCGGGGCAUUGCAGGCUCACUGCCAGAACUAUCUCCAGGAGAGAUCCCGAGCCCAGGCGAGUGAGCGAGCUACCCCAGGACUAAGAAAUACUUCCGGAAUAGAGUCAUCUUGGAAAAAAACUGGCAAGAACAGAAAACUGAAGUCAAAGCGUGUGAAGACUCAGGACUCUUCUGAGAGCACAGGGUCUGGAGGACCUGUGUCCCACCGUCCUCCCCUCGUGGGCUUGAAUGCCACAGCCUGGUCGCCCUCUGACACAUCACAGUCCAGCUGCCCCUCUGCGCCCUUCCCCGCCUCAGUGCCAGCUUACCCUGUGCCUGUGUUCCAGGCACCUGGAAUGGUUUCCACACCAGGGACUGUGGUGGCGCCACCUGCAGCUGCCCACUCCGGCUUCACCAUGCCUGUUGUGCCUAUGGGCACCCACCCUGAAUUUUCAGUGCAGCCCCUGCCGUUUGCUGCCCCCUUGGCUCCAGUCAUGGCCUUCAUGCUACCCAGCUACCCCUUCCCACCAGCAACCCCAACCCUGCCUCAGGCCUUCUUCCCCGGCCAGCCUCCCUUCCCAGCCCACCCCACCCUUGCCUCUGAAAUAACUCCUGCCUCCCAGGCUGAGUUCCCCGGUCGGACCUCGGUGCUAAGACAGCCAUGCACUUGUCCAGUCACCCCUCCGGCAGGCACAGUGGCCUCAGGCAGGGCCUCCCCACCGCUCUUCCAGUCCCGAGGCAGCAGUCCCCUUCAGCUUAACCUGCUUCAGCUAGAGGAGGCACCAGAGAGCAGCAUCGGAGCCCCGGGGACCUUGGGGACCGCAGGGACGACAGCUUCUGGUCUGGAUUGCACAGUUGGCACUCCUCGGGAUCGGCAGCCAAAGGUACCUCCAACAUGCAACGAGCCCUCCGACACCCAGAACAGUGAUGCCAUUUCCACAUCCAGUGACCUGCUCAACCUCCUGCUGGGGGAGGACCUCUGCUCAGCCACGGGGUCAGCGCUGUCUAGGAGCGGGGCCUCUGCCACUUCAGACUCUCUGGGCUCCAGCUCGCUAGGCUGCGAUGCAUCCCGAAGUGGGGCAGGCAGUAGUGAUACAAGUCACACCAGCAAAUACUUUGGAAGCAUUGACUCUUCAGAGAAUAAUCACAAAGCCAAAAUGAUCACAGACACGGAGGAAAGUGAGCAGUUCAUUAAGUACGUCUUGCAGGACCCCAUCUGGCUGCUGAUGGCCAACACAGAUGACAGCAUCAUGAUGACAUACCAGCUACCCUCCCGGGAUCUCCAGUCAGUCUUAAAAGAGGACCGGGAGAAACUGAAGCUGUUGCAGAGGUCCCAGCCCCGGUUCACAGAGGGCCAGAGGCGAGAGCUUCGAGAGGUUCAUCCGUGGGUCCAGACUGGGGGUCUGCCCACAGCCAUCGAUGUGACAGAGUGUAUUUACUGUGAAAGUGAGGAGGGCAACAUUUGCCUACCAUAUGAGGAAGACAGCCCUCCCUUGGGACUCACUGAUACCUCAGAAGCCAAAGAGGAGGAAAGUGAACAGCUGACAAGUCCCAGGAAGGAGGCUCAGACGUAACCCUGUCCCCCAGCCAGCGAUCUACAUUAGAUGGUGCUUGGAAGAGAUGGGAGAGCUUCUCAUUGUUUCUAAUGAAAUGGACACAUACGGACAUUGCUUUUUUUGUUUUAGAAAAAAAAAAAAAAAACAAACCACCAUAGUUUUCCAAAGGCGUGACAAAACUGUGGGGAGGUUUAGAAAGAAAUACGUUUUUGUAUUGAAAUGUAAAUACGGAAUUUGGGGGAUGGGGUGAGAUUUGUCAUUGAACUUGUCUUUGAAUUUAGGGGAGACGAUCUGUGUGUCACGGAGUUUGCCUCAAGGCCCUCAGAAGUCGCUUGGCCUCAGUGAGACCCCUUUCCAGUGUACCAAUGUCCACUGGCCCCUAUGGGUUAUACUGAAACAUCACACCAUGCUGUGACACAUAGCAGGGAAGUCAUAUGAGACACUCAGCCAAGGGCCCAGCUUUCUAGAACUUUCCCACAGUGUGAUUGCAUCAAAUGGAGGGCUGCUUUUUAAUCUAAAUUAUCAUGCAGUCCUGCUGAGUGUUUGUUCACCUAGCAGUGGAGAGAACGUCUCUGCUGGCAUCCCCUCAGUGUGUUCCUUCAUAUGGUUUCGAGCAUGGUGUGGCAGCUUUGGCUUCAGGUCCUGUAGUGGCCAACAUUCCAGUCUGACGUGCUUCUGUUCGUAAACAAAGUUGAAAUGCCUGCCCUGGACUAAUGGAGCUUAGUGGUUACUGUGACCAAUGCCAUCAGACUAGCACCCCCACACUGCACAUUUCCAUGCCAUCCUUGCAUCCUUAGACCAUUGUGGCCAGUUUUCAGAGAGGUUUGGUAUCAGUCAUGUCACCCCAUCCGCAUGGUAGCAUCUGUGAACCAGGCUUUGCUGCUGUGGGGACAUGGUCAUAUAUGUUCUUGGUUGGAAUCUCUGAGACAUCAGGCCCUAGCAGAGAGCAGCCACUGGACACAGGGAAGAGGGGUGACUGACACUGCCACCCUUAGUGUUCCACGUUUGCAAGUUGCUCAACAUCCCCACUAUUCUGCCGGCUGGUGCCCUCGCUUCUGUGGCUUCGGGUCUGUUACCACAUCUGUCUAUGCUGCUGGCUCUUGGAUCACUGGAACCUUUUGGAGAGAAGGGAACCUCUCUGCCUAGUUCUACAGAACACUAUGCUGCACCAGACAUCCAAAGAUUAUCUGACACACUUACUGGGGACCCCUGGUGUGAAUGAGAAACCACCAGUGAGGAAUCAUUGUCUGCAACAGAAAAAGCAGUUUCUUGUGUCUGAAGUGGCUACUAGAAAGGUGUUUUACUGCAGUUGGUUUUCAGAGUAAAGCCAUCCGAUGCCUGAAUGUUAACCCUAUUUUUCAUAAAAACAAGAACUCUUUUUUUUUUUUUUUUAAUUAAAGCAACACCACCUUUGACUGCCAUAAGGUAGUAGCCAUGUUUUAAUGGAAAUUCGGUGUUACAGAUAGCUGCCUCCUUCACCAGUCGGAUCUUAAGGGUAGAUAGAUAGAUGGUGGUCUAAGCCUACGCUUGUUACUUAAACACAAAACUGCCAAAACCUUCUCUCUACUAUCUCGAAUGUUUACCGUCAGCAUUAUUUUAUGAUUAUUUAAUAUAUAUUCCUUGAUUGUUAACUGCUCAGAAGUUGACUUCCUAGGAUAAUUUUUGUGAAUGUGUUUACAAGAUGCCAAGCAUCCAGUCCUGUUUUCUUUAGAAUGUGUGCUUUACACGGGUGUCAUGAGACUUUCUCUAUUUUAAACUGAGCCUCCUUUUUAAUGUAAAUAAGCUCUCAGAGUUUGCGUGACGACUUGUGAGCCUUGCCGGACAAGCGGUUUACUUAUGUGCAGACCGACAGUACCUUCACCCAGUGCAAUAUAUUCGUGUGACUGCUUGUGUCUUUUUAUGACUUUUUUGCCUUUUAGAGAAUUGUUAAAUAAAGCAAGUAUAUUUUUAUUUUCAA